AUGGAGAUCUCAUUUGACAUACCCGAUGCUACAGAUUGGCUCGGAACACCAUUGCAUUUAGUCGCCCCAUUGGAAUCGCUACUACGAUGCCAGGUUUGCAAAGACUUCUUCGAGAACCCCGUGAUUACCUCUUGCUCUCAUACAUUCUGCUCCCUAUGCAUUCGCCGCUGUCUCAGUAAUGAUGGCAAGUGUCCCAUCUGCCGCGCUACCGACCAGGAGCUCAAAUUGCGCCGGAACUGGGCAAUCCAGGAAUUUGUCGAGGCUUUUCAGACUGCUAGGCCAAGUACGCUAGAUCUUGCACGAAAAGAGGCAGAUCGUUUGAAAAAUGCCGACAAUGAGAUCUCGGAACCACCAGCCAAAAAGCGUAAGGCCGAAAAUACGCAUCAAUCGGAAACUGCCGACCUCCAGGAUUCGAGACCUCAACGCGCCCGAACAAGAUCGCAACACAAUACAGUGGAUAUCCAGGAGCAGGGAUAUGAACCAGAAGUUAUAGAAGACUCUCAAGAUGAGGAGUACAUUCCAGACGGUCUCGUCAAGUGUCCUAUAUGCCAACGGCAGAUGAAAAGCGAGUUGAUAAAUAGGCAUCUAGAUACAUGCCUUGUUAAGGAUGAGCCAACUCCUCAGAUGCCAGCAGCACAUAUACCGGCAGCUUUUAGAUCAUUACAAACACAUCCAUAUCCGAACUCACAACAAAAACAGUUGGAACGAUUACCUACAAUGAACUAUAAUUUAUACAAGGAAACACAACUCCGAAGAAAAUUCCAAGACCUGGGUAUUCCAAAUUGGGGGCCCAGGGCUCUGAUGCAGAGGCGCCAUACCGAGUGGAUCAAUUUGUGGAAUGCCAACUGCGAUGCCACAACCCCAAAAUCGAAGGGAACAUUGCUUCGGGAGCUCACAGUUUGGGAGAAUACACAGGGUGGACAAGCAGGGCCAUCAUUCGAGAGGAAAUCAAUAACUAGCAAGGAAUUUGACGCAGCUGGAUGGUCUGCUAAUCAUGACGAUGACUUCAAACGUCUCAUUGCGAACGCGCGCAGACGAACCGAGCAGGUCAAAUCCACAAUUCCUGCCGCUCCACAGGCAAAUAACACCGAAGCUUCUGAUUUACCACCCCUCUCUACUCCGGUUGGGGAAACCCCGGAUAUGAAUCACCCUGGUCUGUGGGAAUCGUAA